AUGGACAAACACGGCGUGAAGGCCCCUUUGUGGAGGAAGGAGGUAGAGGAUCCCGAGGCCAGAGAGGAGGAGCUGGAGGACGAUUCAUCAUCGUCCUCGUCGUCGUCGUCGGUAGAGGAGAGGUCGGACCCGGAGAGCGCGACGGAGACAGAGGAGGACUCCCGAGACGCGGAUGAGCGUGAGGCCCGCUCGGUGUCCUACAGUCCGCUGCGCCAGGAGCCCAGCAGCCAGCAGGUGGCGCUGCUGCGACGCUCGGAUAGCAGCUUCUGGGGCUGGCUCAGCCCGUUCGCUCUGCUGGGUGGCCUGGCGGCCCCCGCGGACAGGAAGCGGGGUGCCCCGGAGGAACCGUGCGUGUUGGAGACGCGGCGGCGGCCACCGCGCCGCGGGGGCUGUGCGCGCUGUGAGAUCCUUUUCUGCAAGAAGUGCAAGACUCUGCACAGCCACCCGGCCUACGUGGAGCACUGUAUUCUUGAGCACCCUGACCUGGGUAAGGCGGAGGCCGCCGGCAACUCUGAGCACAUCCACUCCCAGCCUCUGCGCCCUCAAUGCUCCAAACUCUUCUAUCUGUAGUGAGUUCCACAGAACUGUCCCUUCAAGCCGCCAUCCUUAGCGCCUCCUUCCGGUGAGAAGUCCCUCUGUCGGUUCACGGUUCCACCUGUUGUCUUGCAGAAACUAAGCACUCCUCCCCAGACAGUACCCAGCACGUGCAGCCCUCCUGACCCUCACGCCUUCAACACAGCCUUACCUGCAUCGUUUUCAGGUCCUCUGGCCUCUAUCCAGGCAAUGGCCUGGAGAAAAAUAGCCUCGGGGUUUCCUCAGCCCUCUUAAUAAAUUGCCUCUCUCCCUCUAACUCGGCAAUAAAGUCU